AUGACGAAUAAGAUGAAAGCAGUCCAGAUCAUGAGCGACAAAAACUCUCCCAAAAUCACUCUCAAUACCGAUAUGCCAAGGCCCACGCUUACUGACGCCGAGAUCCUGGUCCGGGUGCACGCUGCUGGGGUCACCGGCGAUGAACUCGGCUGGCCCGAGCUGUACGAAACCGCAUCCCGGAUCCCCGGCCACGAGCUAUCAGGAACUAUCGCCGAACUCGGCCCAGAUUACACCGGAAACCUUUCCAUCGGCCAAGAUGUCUACGCAUUCACAUCAGCAGACCGUGGGCAAUGCCAAGCUGAAUACGUUACAUGCUUGCCAGGCGAGGUUGCUCCGAAACCGACUUGCAUCUCUUAUGUUGAGGCCGCAGCACUUCCGAUUCCAGUCUUAACGGCAUGGGAGGCUGUCGUCGACCAUGGGAAGAUUAAUACAGAUAUGACUGUCCUAGUCACCGGGGCCUCUGGUGCCGUUGGCGUCCUUGCGGUUCAGUUGGUUGCCCAGCUUAGCGGCGCUCGUGUCAUUGCGCUGGCUUCACCGCGACAUCACGAGAACUUGAAGCAGCUAGGUGCCGAAGUCUUGGACUACAAUGACCCAGGCUGGACCUCCACAGCCGGGGGUGUGGAUGUCGUCAUAGACACAGUUGGCGGGAGUAUCCUGAGCGAUGUAUGGAAGGCCGUGGCGGUGGACGGGAUGAUCAUAACUGUUGCUGAUCCACCGCCUCCUUGGGCAUUCGGAGGCACGGUACCGGAAGAGUCAUUUGCGCGACCUGGAGUUCGACACAAGUACUUUAUUGUAUCUCCCAAUGCUGAGAGGUUGUGUAGGGCAUCUGAGAUGGUUGAAGCGGGUGCCUUGAAAGCUCUGGCGGUGAAGUCAUUCCCUUUUACAAAGGCGAAGCAAGCUUGGGAGUGUGCCCAACAGAGGGGUAGAGGUCAUAAAGUCGUCGUUGAGUUUUAG